GAAGAGCCUCGCACUGCUUUAACUUACUUUCAUUGAGUCUGAUUUUGUUCUGGAGUCUGGUGUGUGAGAGCAGCAUCUUGAGAGUAUUUCCGUAAGUUAUGUGAUUUAACUUUCAUUGUAAUUAGUGUCUGUGUGUGUUGCAGGCAGUGCCGGGUUUGACCCAGACAUGGCUGAGGCAUCGGAACCGCAGGCUCAGCCUGUCGAAAUCGACCCGGACUUCGAGCCCCUGUCCCGCCCCCGGUCCUGCACCUGGCCGCUGCCCCGGCCCGAGCUCCCGGACCCGGCCGGGUCCAACACAUCCUCCCCGGCGCCGUCGGUGCUGCAGGAGCCGGCGGGGACCGCCGACUUCAUCCGGAACCUGGGCCUGGUGGAGGAGGACUACGAAGAGUACGCAGAUCAGAAACCUCCCUGUGGUCUCUUCCAUCAGCAGCACCACCAUCAGCACCAUCAGCACCAUCAGCAGCAGAACCAGCAUCAGCAGCAGCAGCACCAUCAGCAUCCCCAGCAUCACCUCCUCCAGCAGCAGCAGCAGCAGCAUGCACCUGGCGCGCAGCCGCAGCAGCAGCAGCAACAGGUGACUCCUCCCGGGGCCCCUCCGGCCCUCCCUGGCCCCAGGAAGAUCAGCUCCUCGCGUCGCAACGCCUGGGGGAACAUGUCCUACGCCGACCUCAUCACCAAGGCCAUAGACAGCUCACCUGAGAAGAGGCUGACGCUGUCUCAGAUCUACGACUGGAUGGUGAAGAGCGUGCCUUACUUCAAGGACAAGGGGGACAGCAACAGCUCCGCGGGCUGGAAGAACUCCAUCAGACACAACCUGUCACUGCACAGCCGCUUCGUCCGCAUUCAGAACGAAGGGACGGGGAAAAGCUCCUGGUGGAUGCUGAACCCGGAGGGAGGGAAGAACGGCAAGUCUCCGCGACGCAGGGCGGCCUCCAUGGACAGCAACAACAAGUUUGUCAAGAGCAAAGGAAGAGCUACGAAGAAAAAGAUGUCUCUGCAGGACGGGGUUGAGAGGGGGGGCGGCAGCCCCGGUUCCCAGUACUCCAACUGGCUGGGAAGCCCCAACUCCCACAGCAACGACGACGUGGAGGCCUGGAACUGCUUCAGGACGCGCACCAGCUCCGACGCCAGCACUCUGAGCGGACGCUGCUCCCCCUUCCCGUCUGAGCACGACGACCUGGCGGAGGCCGAAGGCCACAUUCUGUAUCCCGGCGCCGCGGCGCCCAAGAUAACCUCCACGCUGCCCAGCCUGUCAGAGGUGGCCGGGUCCAUGGGCCGGCACGGCUCAGAGCGCGUCAUGGAAAACCUGCUGGAUAACCUGAACCUCCUGUCUCCCAAGGCCCCCCAGCUCGGCUCAGACUCCCCGCAUUCCUCGAAUGCCGCCCUGCUCCAGAGGAGAUCUUACAGCUCCUCUUCCCUGACCCAGGAUUACCACAAGUGCCUGUACGGCCAGGUGAGGAUGAACCCCCCGUCCCCCGUCCCCGUACUUCCAGAGAGCAAGCCCGGCUUCGGGCUGUACGAGCAUCCGUACAUCAGCCCCGCGGGGCUCCUCAAGGAACUGCUGACUGUAGAUGCAGACGCCAACAGGGACGUAAUGCCGUCUGCUGACGCACGGGCGUCUGAGAUGGGGAGGGGGGGUCCUCUGAUGCCGGCUUUCACAAGUCAAAGCCAGGCGGGGGGUCACGCUGGGGUCAAAAUGAUGAAAUCCCCUCAGAAUCACCCAGUUCGUCAUGUAAACCCACACGCCAUGCAGAGCCAGGGUCCUGCGUCCUCUCGAGACUUGAAUAGCUGUAACAUGAUACCCCUGACGAGUCUGACGAGUCUCUCGGGGGCCCCCCCGCCCAUGACCCGGCCGAGGACAUGCGUGCAGCCGCCCCAUGGGCAUCCGGCACACACUAAUGAUUUCUCUGGGAGCUGCAGCUACAGGGAGCUGAGCUCAGCCCACCCACAUGGCCUUCAUCAUCACCACCACCAUCAUCAUCACCACCAUCAGGAGCGGCUGCCCAGCGACCUGGACAACAUGUCCAUCGAGAGGUUCGAAUGUGACCUGGAGUCGGUGCUUCACGACACCCUCAUGGAUGGAGGCGCGCUGGACUUUAACUUCGACCCCGCGGCCGGGUCUCACGGGUUUUCCCAGAGGGUGAAGACGACCACGCACAGCUGGGUGUCGGGUUAGGGCGCCGGCCGACCACAAGCAGGUUUCCUCUGGUUUCCUCUGCUCACCUUCAUUUCGAGGGCGGAAAGUGUAAAUAAAGAAAACUACCCUCAUCACUCUCCAAAGACCGUGUGACCUUACGUCGUUUUCACACAUGUAUACCUCCACAUAGGACACACAUCCAUCAUUCACAUCCUGAAACGACUGCCUCCUUUAACUAACCUUAGCAACCUUAACUGUGAGAUCAGUCGGAGAUCGGACCAACGCUGCAGGAUUCAGGAUAAACCUCAGCAUGUGCAGGACUGAACACAGCAGCCGUCCCUGAUCGCUACUGAGUCGGUGUCGUGUGAGAACAACAUGGGGUUCAACUCAGUGUUAGAAACGGCAAGAAUCAUUUUAAAAAUUGCCUUAAUUAUACCGAGCCAUCUACAUACAGAACUGAAAAAAGAGCAAAUAAACCAAGAGAAUAUGCAGCAGUAUAGCAAAAAAAAAUGUGCAAAAAGCACAUUCUGGGACAAAAACUGAUCAUCCUACUGUAAGUAUGCUGGACAGGUCACCUCUCUGAUCCAUGUUCUUUAGUUUUUAGCGGGAGGAGAACCAGUUCAUGUUCUCUCGGGGGAGAAGAGGAAAACUGAGACCUGAGGACGCUGAAGGACUUAGAAACACACAAUACCAGCUACCUGACCCACUUGCAUGCUGGGAAAAACCAGACAGAACACCUCAGGGGCUCGACGGCGACAGAACUUUCAACAUGAUCAGAUAAAGCAUUUUUAAACGUUUACAUGCUGUGGCCAUAUCUCCCCACUAAUACAGAAUAAACUGAAUCCGAAUGACAGGAACUUAUCGUUCAUAGACUAUAUGAAGGUUUUUACUCGUGUUUUUAUUCUAAUCGUAGGCGGUUCGUGAUUAUUUCUGUUGUACUUCACAAGCUUUUUGGAAGUCUGUGAAUAGUUGUGUUCAAAGUAUAGAUUUGAAGUUUGAAGUUACUCUUAUUUUCCCCGAUUAUCUACCUAAUUCCUGCAAGUUUUUCUAAAAGCAGUUUUCCACCAGUCUCACUUAAUUGUGAAAGUUGCCUUAGCAAGAGGUUUUAACGCCAUAAAUAAGAGCUUUUGUUUACUUGGUUGGUCUUUCACGUGAUGCUCCUCUACGCACGUCACGUUCGGUGGAAAAUGCCCCACCUCUCGUCUGUAAAUCCCACCGACUGUUUUCGUCUCUGGCUGAGAAAGGGACACUUUGGAGACUGGAAACUUUCCCUCGACUCACACCGUGCAGGAGUCGAUGGCGGGAUCCUGAAGCGACUAGAAAUAGAAGGUGACAUGCGGCGCUCGGUCAACACGGCGAAAGAUUCGCUUGUGAUAAUGAACAAGCAGCCACAGUUUUUAUGCACAAAAGACUGGUUGUGUCCCUCCUUUACUGGGCCGGCAGCCUCACGGGCGUUUACUGUUGUACAUAUAGUUAUUUUCUGCAGCAUAUGUAUUUUGUACAUGAGUUUUAAAUGACUUCACUUGUUGUUGAACUGAAAUGUACUGUUUGUAAAGUGUUAGACAGGGUUGUUUACAAAUUUCUGUCCAAACGAUGAAACUCCAGAUAUGAGUUCUCAUACCUCAAUAUAUUAUUAUUAUUAUUUUUUACCUCUGAACUGUUUAAGGGAUUUCUUUUGUGCCAUUUUCCUCGAUGGGUAACUGACUGGCAGUUUAAAAAAAGUUUUCUUCUUGUGUUUGAGUGAUGAUGAAACCAGUUACAUGAAGGAUUAAGGCCAUUAAUUCAGACUAAAUGUCAUAUGACAUCAUUUUCAAUUCACGUUUGUGUAACUGGAUGCAUUUUUGCAGAGAUGAGUUCACGUGUUAUUAGAUAACUCAGUCAAACGCGUGCAAUCAAAAUUUCUAAACAAUAAAAAAGUCAUGGGACCAUUUUAACGUAGAAAUUUUGCACAAAUGUCAACUGAGUCUGUUACAUUUCGUUUGAAUAAAAAGACUAUGAUGUAUUUUAAAGCUCUAACUUUUAAUAUGACACAAAUGAUGGGAUUAUUUUUUAUCAAAGGAACACAUGCUGAAUUUUUUGUCACUUGGAUCCACAUUCAAGUAUUUUUGAAGGAAUGCAGUUUUUAUGUAAAACAUUUAAUGUAUAAAUCACUUUUGUAAUUAAAUGAAGAAAAA